GAUUACGCUCAUUGGCAAGGAAAAGUAUGCCUUGGAGCCUUGAUGCCAACACUGAAGCGCCCGCUAAGCGAAACGAAGCGAGCCUCACUUGAGGGCUUAAGCGUGCUUUAAGCGGACCUUUGAUAACACUGCAAAGAACUCAUUCCAACACUGUAAUCCGUUCUUUUUAUCCAGUGAUGUGUCAGAUAGUUGUCAGGCCCCUGGUUUGGCCAAGCACUUUUUUGUUAUGGGCUUUUUUUUUCUUUUUUUUUUUGGUUUGGGGUUGUUGUGCUUUUGAAGUAUGUGUAUAGACCCCUGAGUACUCUUUUACAGAACAUCAGGGACGUUCUUUAAUCAUUUGCUCUAUUAGUGUGACCAGCUGAAACCACUUCUACUCGCACAACUAAAUGGAAAUUGAUUCACCAAUUUAUACAGCAAUGUACAAUCUUUAGGGAACUUCCAUUUACAGCCCUUUUUUUUUUUUGGAAAACAAGGGUGAUUAGAAGGAAAAUAAAGCAAAUGGAAAUUAUUGUAGUAGUAAAGCUGACACCAGUGGCUAAAGUGUGAAGUUAUAAUGUCUUUGACAAAUUGUCGUUUUGGUAAUGCAGAAAGCAUAUACUGGCCAGUUUUUGUCAUUGCAACUUUAGCUGCUAUCGUUGCAAGUCAAGCAACCAUUUCUGCUACAUUUUCGAUAAUCAAGCAAGCUCUGGCACUUGGCUGUUUUCCAAGAGUUAAGGUUGUACAUACAUCAAAGAAGUUCAUUGGGCAGAUUUAUAUUCCUGAUAUAAAUUGGAUACUUAUGAUUCUUUGCAUCGCUGUAACUGCUGGAUUCAGAAAUCAAAGUCAAAUUGGCAACGCAUAUGGAACGGCGGUCGUGAUAGUCAUGUUGGUGACCACGCUCCUCAUGACCUUAAUAAUGUUACUGGUUUGGCGCUGUCAUUGGGUUCUUGUCCUUGUCUUCACUGUCUUAUCUCUGGUGGUUGAAUGUACCUACUUCUCUGCAGUGCUAUUUAAAGUUGAUCAGGGUGGUUGGGUUCCGCUUGUGAUUGCUGCAGCUUUUCUUGUCAUCAUGUAUGUCUGGCAUUACGGAACUGUGAAACGUUAUGAAUUUGAGAUGCACAGCAAGGUGUCUAUGGCAUGGAUUCUUGGGCUUGGCCCCAGUUUAGGACUGGUACGUGUCCCGGGGAUAGGACUUGUCUACACCGAGCUGGCUAGUGGGGUGCCACACAUCUUUUCUCACUUCAUUACAAAUCUGCCAGCUAUACAUUCAGUUGUGGUAUUUGUCUGUGUGAAGUAUCUUCCAGUUUACACAGUUCCAGAAGAUGAGAGGUUCCUCGUGAAACGCGUAGGACCCAAGACUUUUCACAUGUUCCGCUGUGUUGCAAGGUAUGGUUACAAAGACCUCCAUAAGAAAGAUGAGGAGUUCGAGAGAAAGCUCUUUGAUAAUCUCUUCCUAUUUGUCCGGCUGGAGAAUAUGAUGGAAGGCUGCUCUGACUCUGAUGAAUACAGCUUAUACGGACAGCAAACGCAGAAUUCGAUGGAUUAUUUACUGCAAAAUAAGAGCAACCCAACUACAGGAAAUAAUACAUGUUCGUCGAUGGAAUCAAUAGUACCCGUAAAAUCUCCCACUCAAGGAAGCAAUACAGUCACAUCAUCAUCAGGCCGUGAGAGCAGCCAGGCAGAAGUGGACGAAUUAGAAUUCUUGAAUCGUUGUCGAGAUGCUGGGGUUGUACACAUUCUUGGAAACACUGUAGUUAGAGCAAGGAGAGACUCUAGGUUCUAUAAGAAAAUUGCUAUCGACUAUAUAUAUGCGUUUCUUAGGAGAAUAUGCAGGGAAAAUAGUGUGAUCUUCAACGUACCUCAUGAGAGCCUCUUGAACGUUGGACAAAUUUUCUAUGUAUAAAUAUUUUUGCAAAUGAUCAAUCGAGGAUAUUAUUGACUUGUUC